AUGGAUAGUGCAAUGGAGCGCGAAUCUGGUGCUUUAGGUGGAUUAUUUCAACAAAUCAUACAAGACAUGAAGAAUGGUAUGCCGUUAUGGGAGGAUUUUAUUACAAAGGCUACAAAGCUGCAUUCUUCACUAAAGGCUACUAUUUUAGCUGUCACAGCUUAUUUGGAUUCCUUUCAAAAAAUCGCUGAUUCUGCUACAAAUACUAGAGGAGCUACAAGAGAUAUCGGAACAGCCCUCACCAGGAUAUGUUUAAGGCAUAAAGCAGUUGAAAAUAGGUUAAAAAAUUUUACAAGCGUUAUCAUGGAAUGUUUGAUACUACCGCUACAAGAAAAACUGGAAGAAUGGAAAAAGAUUGUCCUAAAUUUAGACAAGGACCAUGCAAGAGAUUACAAACGAGCCAGGUCAGAGCUGAAGAAACGAUCGACAGACACACUGAGGCUUCAAAAGAAAUUAAAAAAGGGCGUCGGCGGUGAUGUACAGAAGCGAUUCGAGUGCGGAUUACAAGACGUCACCGAAAGACGUCAGUUACUUGAAGAGACCGAGAAACACGCCGCCAGGGCCGCUUUAAUCGAAGAAAGAACGAGGUUUUGUUCGUUCGUGGGGUUACUGAAACCCGUCGUGGACGAAGAGAUCGCCAUGCUGACGGAAAUGGGACACCUACAAGAGGCCGUGCAGCAAUUGGAAAAGCACACCAAUGAUCCCAAAACUUUACCACCUGCUUCCGAGCAAGUUAUCGCCGAUUUAAAGAGUUCGGAUAGCGGUUGGUCCUUUCAGACACCGCCGUCAUCGCCGUCGAGUCUCGGCUCGAGAAAAUCUUCUAUGUGUUCUAUCAGUUCGAUUAACAGCUCGUCUUCGGGUAGCUCAAAGAGCCAUCAUUCUCCCAGCCAUCCUUGGCAGAGGUCGUUGUCUCAGGUAUCAAAUAUGUCUGAGCACAGCAACAACAGCAGUAGUUCGAGUACCCCUUGUACCCCGUUUCCGGUUAGCGCCGCCCCCACAACGACAGCUACUUGGCCAAAUUUACAAGAAACUAUGCAAUUCGAAAGGGCUGCUUCAGCUAUCAUUAAUGACAGACCUCAUACUAUUUCAUCAGCUUACGAAAAAGGCCAUCAAAGGCCUCCUUUGACUGUAUACACAUUCCAAGCUCCAGAACAAACUCUAUCGCAACCAGCUAGUCCAGUGACUUCAACUCCGACCGAUACUACAUCGAAUAUUGUGCCUCCUAAGAGUCCUGCUGCAUCUAUCAAAUCUCUUUCUAAGCCACCCUUACCUAUGAGAUGUUCGUCCCUGGAACGUCCGAGCGGUCCUAACGUUCCCGCCAAAACGAUCGCGCAAGGCGUAAGAGUGUUGCCGCCAGGCGCCGCCGAUUUGUCCGUCAUCAAGAAACCGUCUCCAUUGCCAGCUCAUUUAGCAAAAAUUGCACCGCAACCUACGUACGCGAAUAUGCACGAACUAAUGAUGGCGGCGGCCAGCAAGACUCAAGAGAAGAGCUUUCCGCCGCCUCCCGUGGAAUUUACUAGUCCCCCUGAUAAGCCCAAUGAAGGUGAAAAAGAAAGCAGCACCAGUGAAAGUUCCUUAGAAUCUUCCAGCGGGUAUGGCAGUCAAACUACGUUUACAUUUGAUGACGUGCACCAUCUAGAAAACAUGGGUACCGGUACUUUACGCAACACCCUCCUGAGACGAGGAUCCAUUCAAAACCAAAAACCCCCACCGCCUAUUAGAAGAACUUCUUCGAUAACUAACACGUCUUCCAUGGGUAGCUUGGAGAACUUGCCUCCACCUCCGGCUUUUUUGUUGGAACCCAAUGGACAAGCAGCUUCCCAGAAACCGUCGGCGGGCAUAAACGUAGCAGAAACAGUAAAAGCGCUCACAGAACUAAACCACACGCCAGCUAGCCCCAACUCUAUAAGACGCAUGUCCUCUUCCUCCCAAAACUUGUAUCAAACUUCCCAAAAUUUGCAUCAGCAGCAGCCACUUUCCCAAAAUCAAUAUCAAUCUUCCUCGCAGUACAAUCAAGGACCGAUUUUUAGCACGUUUCAAAGCCAGUCCAAAGUAUCGUACGUGUCUCAAUCGGGCGGUGUCGUUUACGCUCAACCGAUGCAGAUCAUGGGCGGCAGCCCGAACGCCAUUAGGAGGAUUCAUAAUAUGAGGUCUCAAAGUGCCGAUCGGAAGUCUGACGGUCCGGGUGGCGUUAGUUCCAACUUCAUAGCUUCGCUUAGCGCUAAACUGACGCCUACUUUAAGCCCCAAAUCUUCACGAAGACUUUCGGAAGACCGCACGCCUACUAAUUCUCCUAUUAAUAAGUAUCCGCACCAGAAAGCCGGUCCCGGACAAAGCUUCCUGGACUCUUUGAAUGCCAAACUUGCCCAACAACAUACUGUGAGUCCUCAGCCGACGCAGCUUAAGGCCACCAAGAUAAGACAGAUUAUUAACAGUAAAGCUCAGCCCGAUCCAAAAGUAUGUCACGAAUCGCUGAUGGAUCAAAUCAAAAGGGGGGCGACUCUGAAACGAGCUAAAUCAACAAACGACAGAUCAGCUCCGAAGAUCUGUUAA